AUGGCAGACUUGGGAUCAAAAGAGAAGCUCGCUCUCAUCAAUGAGAACCUUGCCGAGGUCUUGAAUCCUGAAAUUAUUGAGAAGAUUAUUGCAGAGGGGAGGUCUCCGAGAAUCUACUGGGGCACUGCAACUACUGGCAGACCUCACGCCGGAUAUUUCGUUCCGGCCAUUAAAAUAGCCCAGUUUCUGGCUGCUGGCUGUGACAUGGUUAUUUUGCUGGCCGACAUCCAUGGCUUCCUCGAUAAUCUCAAGGCACCCAUCGAGCUGGUUCAGCAUCGGGUCGACUUCUAUCGGAAUGCGAUCAUCUCGAUCCUACGCUCGGUAGGCGUAUCGACGGAGAAAUUGACUUUUGUUCUCGGCAGCUCCUACCAAAAGAGCCCCGACUAUGUGAUGGAUGUUUACCGACUUUGCUCUCUGGUCUCUGAGCAUGACGCGAAGAAGGCCGGCGCGGAAGUUGUCAAGCAGUCGGACAAUUGCCCCCUCAGCGGCCUGCUGUACCCCGUCCUCCAAGUUCUAGAUGAGCAGUAUCUUAAUGUCGACGCUCAGUUUGGGGGUGUUGACCAGCGAAAGUUAUUUGCAGCCGCAAAAGAAUGGCUGCCAAGACUUGGAUAUAAACAGCGCGCCCAUCUUCUUAAUCCGAUGGUACCUGGUCUCCACGGGGGUAAAAUGAGCGCCAGUGACCCAGAUAGCAAGAUCGAUCUUCUCGAUCCGCCCGAGGUGGUCAGAAAGAAGAUUCGCAAAGCCGUAGCGAUUCCCAAGGAGAUUGAAGGAAACGGCAUCCUCGCGUUCACAGAAUACGUUCUUCUGCCAGUCUCAGCCUUGAAAGGAAAGGCAGAAUUCCGCGUUCCGCGUGAAAGGGAUGGCCUGGAGCCGCUCGUCUAUACAAACAUCAGUCAAAUGCAUCACGAUUAUGCAAAUGAUAUAUUGACUCCCCAGCUGCUGAAGCCUGCAGUAGCAGAAGCUUUGAUUGAGCUCAUGGCGCCGAUCCAGGAGGCCUACAAGGCUUCGCCCGAAUGGCAAGAGGUAACGCUCAAGGCAUACCCACCAGCUGAGCCUCCAAAGAAGGAGAAGAAGAAGAAAGACAAAGGAAGUCGCUACCCCGGGGGCAAAGACCAGCAGAAGCCGGAAGCCAAAGACCAAGCGCAGGAGAGCAAAUAG